AUUGUGUUGCACGUUCAGCUUUGCAAACCGGUCGCGCAUGACGACAACAAUAGUGUAGUGAGACGACUAUCAUGCUCAUCUUACGUAUGAUCCAAAUUUGAAUCAACUUAUGCCGUAGCCUACUGUAAAACGGCCUGCCCAAAUCACGUUUCACGCGCGGGGCUUCGUUUAGGGCUUAUCCGCCACAGGCACAUAUUUGUCCUGUUGACGUAUCCAAUAUCUUGAUUGACAUAUAACCAAAAUGAGGCAGAUGACGAUGGGGAGAUCUCGUGACGGCGUCGGGAGCAGCAGUCCCGUGUCGCAGGCUGGCCUUGGCUCCCGCGUGAUUUCUAGCGUCUGCGCCACGCCCGGACGCACGGUGCCAGCGCCCAGCGCCGCAGCGUUGUCAGCACCCACCCAUGCACUCUCGACCGCCAGCAACGCAGGGCGCCACUCAGCUUGGGAUGGCGCGGUCCUGCCUUCCACCUCGGGCCGCCAGGCCAGCUGCCCCACAUCAGCAGCCCUCCACAUUGGCGGCUGCCACGCCGCAUCCCGCCGGCCAGCCGUGUCCACUUGCGCCUCCACUGGCAGUAGCAGCAGCGCUCGCUGUAGCAGCGCCAGCAGCAGAAGCAGCAGCAGCGCCACCGCCCAGAGGCGGAGAGGCUUGGGCAGGUCUGCGCAGCGCGGCUUCACAGCAUCUCCCAUCCUCCAGACCCAGUCCCGCACUGCUGGCAGAUGCCCAUCACCCGUCGCCGCAGCGUCAGCAGCCUCCGCCUCCUCCUCCGCAGCCACCUCAUCUGCAUCAGACCGGGAUGACAUGGCAGUGGACUUUGUGGUGGAGGGCAGCGGGCUGAGUGUGACCAUGCGCAAGGUCAGCACCCUGGACGAGCUGCGGCAGGUCGCGACACUGCGGGCGGACGCAUACUACGCGGAGAACUUCUCGCGGUUCGUGGGGUCGCUGAAGAAGAAGUUUGUGGAGCAGGAGGUGGAGUCGCUGCAGCAGCGCACCUACGCCACCUCCAAGCAGGGAACGCCCUUCUGCGAGUGCCUGGUGGCGGUGGAGGCGGGCUCGUCCACAGUGCUGGGCUGCAUUGACCUGCGCCUGCCGGCGGCCCUCAACGGCGCACACCCUGCCGGAGUGCCGGCGGGCGACACGGCCGGCUGCUACCUGCUGAACGUGGUGGUGCGGGAGGACGUGCGCGGGCAGGGAUUGGGUCGGGCCAUCAUGCGUGCCGCCAUGGGCCGCGCCGUACACACGUGGGGCGCGGCGCGGCUGUACACGCACGUGGAGGCGGACAACGAGGUGGCCUACAACCUGUACGCGGGCUGCGGCUUCGCCAAGCACAGUACCGACGUGCGCUACGAGGCGGAGACCAAGUUGGGCCAGACGGUGCUGCUGCUGGCAGACGCGGAGCUGGUCGGGGGCGGCGGCGGCGCGGCGGCGGCGGCUUGCGCAUGAGAUAUGUGCGGGGCGUGGCUUGCUGUGCCCUGAGAGUGCCCUGAGAGGGCGGGGGUUUGGGUGCACGCCAGCGCGUCCUGGCGGGCGGGUCCGUGUGGGUGCGGUGCCUGGUGUGAAUUUCGAUCGGAAUGAAUAGACUACGGACAUGCAGUGGGCGAGUUUAGGCCUUAGUUGAUUUGACCGGAUUCAGUCCGGAAGGUUUGCUGCGGACCCCAAUACACCGAGUAGUUCUGACUGGUCGGGUGAUUGAUUAGGGUCCUAGCACUCGAUGUUAGGAGAUGAACCGGAGGUAAAAUGGAGCUCUUACGAGAGCAAGCCUACAACUAGAGUAGGUCGAAAGCACUUCGCUAAUAGGUCGUCGGCGUUGCAGGUGGCACGCCCCUGAGGUCCAGGGCAGAUAUCGCUUGCGACUCGUGUCCACAAGUCCCUCUUGUAACCAAUGCAUUCU